AUGAUGCUGAAUUCGGACCAGAUGGAGAUAGACCUCCAGCCAACGCAUUCGGAGACGGAGUCGGUCUUUAGCGACUGUGGGGGCAGCCGAGGGGGCGGAGUGGAAGACGCCAGUGGUGGCCUUGGCCUCUGCAGCCAGUCCAGAGUGGCAGAGUCUGGAGACACCAUGAAAAAAGAUCUUCAGCACCUGAGCCGAGAGGAGCGGCGGCGGCGGCGGCGUGCCACGGCUAAGUACCGGACUGCCCACGCCACGCGAGAGCGGAUCCGGGUGGAGGCCUUCAACAUGGCCUUUGCAGAGCUGCGCAAACUCCUGCCCACACUGCCCCCAGAUAAGAAGCUCUCCAAAAUUGAGAUCCUACGGCUUGCAAUCUGCUACAUUUCGUACCUGAACCACGUGCUGGACGUCUGA